UUUUUUUGUUUGGUGUCACAGACAGCAUCAAAGCUAGUUAAUAAUACUUAAUAAAACACUAGAAGAAAACUGCCACAAUGAAGUUGUGCAUAUUACUGGCUGUUGUGGCCUUUGUAGGCCUGUCGCUUGGCGAGGAAAAGAAAGAGAAGGACAAGGAGCUGGGCACCGUUAUUGGCAUUGACCUGGGAACCACAUACUCAUGCGUUGGCGUUUACAAAAAUGGACGCGUUGAGAUUAUUGCCAACGAUCAGGGUAAUCGCAUCACGCCUUCCUACGUCGCCUUCACAGCUGAUGGCGAGCGUCUGAUCGGUGAUGCCGCUAAGAAUCAGUUGACCACAAAUCCAGAAAACACCGUCUUCGACGCGAAGCGUUUGAUCGGCCGUGAAUGGUCGGACACAAAUGUGCAGCACGAUAUCAAAUUCUUCCCAUUCAAGGUGGUCGAGAAGAACUCCAAGCCACACAUUAGCGUUGACACAUCCCAGGGCGCCAAGAUCUUUGCCCCCGAGGAGAUCUCUGCCAUGGUUCUCGGCAAAAUGAAGGAGACGGCCGAAGCCUACCUGGGCAAGAAGGUCACCCACGCCGUCGUCACUGUGCCCGCCUACUUCAACGAUGCCCAGCGACAGGCGACAAAGGAUGCUGGAGUCAUUGCCGGCCUGCAGGUGAUGCGCAUCAUCAACGAACCGACCGCAGCUGCCAUUGCCUACGGCCUGGACAAGAAGGAGGGCGAGAAGAACGUGCUGGUCUUCGAUUUGGGCGGCGGUACCUUCGAUGUCUCCCUGCUGACCAUCGACAACGGCGUCUUCGAGGUGGUGGCCACCAACGGCGACACUCACUUGGGUGGAGAGGACUUCGAUCAGCGUGUCAUGGACCACUUCAUCAAGUUGUACAAGAAGAAGAAGGGCAAGGACAUCCGCAAGGACAAUCGUGCCGUCCAGAAGCUGCGUCGUGAGGUCGAGAAGGCUAAGCGUGCCCUCUCCGGCUCCCACCAAGUCCGCAUUGAAAUUGAGUCCUUCUUCGAGGGUGAUGACUUCUCCGAGACGCUGACCCGUGCCAAGUUCGAGGAGCUGAAUCUGGAUCUGUUCCGUUCGACUCUGAAGCCCGUCCAGAAGGUGUUGGAGGAUGCGGACAUGAACAAGAAGGACGUGCACGAGAUUGUGCUUGUUGGCGGCUCUACGCGUAUCCCCAAGGUCCAGCAGCUCGUUAAGGACUUCUUUGGCGGCAAGGAACCAUCUCGUGGCAUCAACCCCGAUGAAGCCGUUGCCUACGGUGCCGCCGUUCAGGCUGGCGUUCUCUCCGGCGAACAGGACACCGAUGCCAUCGUAUUGCUCGAUGUCAAUCCAUUGACCAUGGGCAUUGAGACCGUUGGCGGCGUGAUGACCAAGCUGAUUCCGCGCAACACAGUCAUCCCCACCAAGAAGUCGCAAGUGUUCUCCACGGCCUCCGACAACCAGCACACUGUCACCAUCCAGGUGUACGAGGGCGAACGUCCCAUGACCAAGGACAACCAUUUGCUGGGCAAAUUCGAUCUGACUGGCAUUCCCCCAGCGCCACGUGGCAUUCCCCAGAUCGAGGUUUCCUUCGAGAUCGACGCCAACGGUAUUCUGCAGGUGAGCGCUGAGGACAAGGGCACCGGCAACAAGGAGAAGAUCGUGAUCACGAACGACCAGAACCGCCUGACGCCCGAGGACAUCGAUCGCAUGAUCCACGAUGCCGAGAAGUUCGCCGAUGAGGACAAGAAGCUGAAGGAGCGCGUCGAGUCGCGCAACGAGCUGGAAUCGUAUGCGUACAGCCUGAAGAACCAAAUCGGCGACAAGGAGAAAUUGGGCGCCAAGCUCAGCGAGGACGAGAAGACCAAGCUGGAGUCGGCCAUCGAUGAGUCGAUCAAGUGGCUCGAACAGAACCCAGAUGCCGAUCCCGAGGAGUACAAGAAGCAGAAGAAGGAUCUGGAGGCCAUCGUGCAACCGGUGAUUGCCAAGCUCUACCAGGGCACAGGCGGUGCUCCCCCACCAGAGGGCGACUCUGGCGACGAUCUCAAGGAUGAGCUGUAAGGCGUCCUCGAGUCGAGCAACUUGUCCGGAAUGGAUUAUAUAUAAAUAGUUUUGGCAGUAGAAGUAAAUCAGACUGAUUAAACAAUUAAAAUGAGAACUUAAUCGCAAGCAACAACACAACAGCCGCAACAACAAUAACAAUAGGAAUGCAAACCCCAAAGCAAAAAAUGGAAUGGAGAUACGGAAAUGAUGAAGAAUAAGAAUUCUGAAACUAGUUUUUGCUCGCAAUUUCUUAAACCUCACGCUAAAUUCCUAGUAGCCCAAAA